AUGGGAAGAGUGAAGCUUCAAAUCAAAAAGAUUGAAAACACAACUAAUAGGCAGGUCACUUUCUCAAAAAGGAGAAAUGGGCUAAUUAAGAAAGCUUAUGAACUUUCUGUUCUCUGUGAUGUUGAUGUAGCUCUCAUCAUGUUUUCCCCUUCUGGAAGGUAUCUCCAAAGAGCUCUUGGUAAGUUGAAAGGUGAAGCUGAUCGAACAUAUCAGACAGUGAGCAGCCCAGCUAUUGUUGAUUCUCAACUUGAGGAAAUCCAACAAGAAAUCUUGAGAUGCAAAACUCAAUUGGAGGAUAAGGAAAAACGACUAAGGGUAUUUGAAGGUGAUCCUUCUGAAAUCACAACGUUGUGUGAGGCGGAAUUCCGGGAGCAAAUCCUUGAGGAGACUCUAAAAAAUGUCCGUCUACGCAAGAAUGUUUUGGAGGAGAAGUAUAAUUCACCAGACACGCAACCAACUUCACAGGUAAAUCUGCCUUCAGAAACAGUAAACAUUGAUGGUUUCAGCGCGAGCAAUGCAAACGAUAUCUUGGGAUGGCUUCCACAAAGAGAUCCACAAGCCCAGAUCCUAAAUUUUUUGGAUUCCAAUGGUCUUCUGCCCCAGAGAGAUCAAACCCAAAGCUUAGAAAACAUCUUGCCAUCUCAAUUGACUCUCCUUCAAGGACCAAACAUGCGUCUUGAAGAUCAGCAUACGUGUCCAGGCAGUGGCAUGGAGGAAGAUAACAACUUGCAGCAACCUGAAUUUGGACAAGUUCUGGACGUCAACCUUUCACCUUGGACAGAAUAUUAUCCCACAGGGAAUGCCUCCUUUCUAGCUGCACAGCCCAGAGAACGAGCUCUUCUUGAACUGUUUUUGUCUCAGUUCACUCCAUGA